AUGAAACUUAUUGUAGCUAUUAUAUUCGGAAUUCUUGUUAACCUGAUUAAUGCGGGUUAUUUACCUGAAUUCCUUAUUCAAAAUGAUAAUGAAUUAGCCACUUACAUGGGGGAUUCAACCAAGUUAAUUAAAAAUUGUGGUGAUGCUAAUGACAUUUUGACUAUUGAUUAUAUAUCAUUAAAUCCUGACCCUCCUGUUAAAGGAAAAGACCUUGUAAUUGAUUUUAAAGGCUAUUUAUCUGAGACUGUCCCAAAUGGAACUGUCGUCGAGAUAAUUGUCAAAUUUGGAGUAGUAAAGUUACUACAAAAGAAGUUUGAUUUCUGUGAUAAAAUUCAAGAAGUUGGUGAAAAAUGCCCUAUACCUCAAGGUGAACUAUUAUUUAAUAAGGUUGUUAGUUUACCAAAGGAAAUUCCUCCUGGAAAAUACACUGUACAUGCAGAAAUAUUUACACCUAAAAAGAAGCGUGUUACUUGUCUUAUUGGUCAAACUACUUUCCCGCGUACAUUAUUAUAA